GUAAGUUUCUGCGGUCAUAAAGCCAAACCUUGCCGCCUCUCUCUCUCCCUCUCUCUCUCUCUCUCUCUGACCGGAGAGCCGCAAGCCCCACCACAAAGAGAGGAAUGUGGAGAAAAAGGAACAUGUGCUACCCCCAUAAGCAAAUAUGAGGUGGGAGACAUCGCACAGAGGAGGCGUAGGGAGGAGGGCUGGAGUACACUUAAAGAGUGAAGGAGGAAUCUUUUCACUUGAGCAUUCUCUCUUACCGCUCUCUGUUCAUUCUCACCUCAGCCUCUGGAUCAAACAAGAGUGGUACUAAUCGUAUCCCUGUCUUCGACGAUGAUGAGCUGUGGGUACAUUUCUAGUGAGGUUGAUGACGAAUACGAGAAGCUGGUCAUCCGAAUGAACCCCCCGAGGGUUACUGUGGAUAACACUUCCAGUAGGAAAGAAACUUUGGUAAAGGUAGACAGUGCUAAUAAGCAAGGGAGUUUGCUGGAAGUGGUGCAGGUCUUGAGUGAUCUGAAGCUCACCAUUAAGAGGGCUUACAUAUCCUCUGAUGGCGAAUGGUUUAUGGAUGUGUUCCAUGUUGUGGACCAAGUUGGAAAUAAGCUUUCAGAUGUUGGAUUCGUUGACCGCAUUCAACAGUCCCUUGAAGCGAGAGCACUAAGCCACCAGUCUGUGAGGAGGUCGGUCGGCGUCCAAGCUGAAGCAAAGCACACUUCCAUUGAACUCAUCGGAAGAAAUCGCCCAGGGCUGCUCUCCGAGAUCUUUGCGGUUCUCACCGACCUCAAGUGCAAUGUCGUGGCUGCUGAGGUCUGGACCCACAAUUCAAGAUUGGCAUCAGUGGUUUAUGUGACCGACGAGGUGACGGGAGCACCGAUCGACGACUCCGACCGGCUGUCGAAGAUAAGGCACCUCCUCCGCUACGUCCUCAAGGGAAACAGAGACAAACAGAGUGCGAGGACGGCAAUAUCCAUGGAACCAACGCAUGCCGGGAGGAGGCUGCAUCAGAUGAUGCUUGCCGAUCAGCAGUAUCGCAAGGAAGAUGACAUGGGCCAGGAGGAGGAAGAUGGCACCGAUGGCAAUAGCAAACCCCUUGUUACGGUAGAGAACUGCAUCGAGAAGGAGUAUACAGUCGUCAAUAUACGUUGCAAGGACCGACCAAAGCUUCUUUUCGACACAGUCUGCACUCUCACUGACAUGCAAUAUGUUGUCUUCCAUGCAACUAUAAUUACCGAAGGACCAGAAGCAUGUCAGGAAUACUACAUCAGGAAAAUGGAUGGGUGUGCUGUUAGCUCUGAAGGCGAGCGGAAGCUAUUAAUUCAGGGCUUGGAGGCUGCAAUCGAAAGAAGAAGUACAGAGGGCUUAAGGCUGGAGCUCUGCUGCGAAGAUCGGGUCGGCCUCCUCUCGGACGUCACCCGCAUCUUUCGAGAGAACGGUCUCUCGGUCAUUCAGGCGGAAGUCUCCACGAGGGGGUCUCAGGCUGUGAAUGUAUUCUACGUCGUGGAUGCAUCAGGAAAGCCGGUACAGAGCCAUAUGAUCGACGCCGUGAGAAGCGAGAUCGGGCAAACCAGUCUGCAUGUCAAGGAUGCUGCAGGCCCAAGCUCUCCACCUGAGGAUAGUGAGAGGUUUUCCCUGGGUGAUCUCUUCAGAUCCAGAUCAGAGAAGUUCCUCUACAACUUGGGGCUCAUAAGAUCAUGCUCUUAGAACUGGCAUUAUUCUUACAUGUGAUAUUGUAACCAAGCUAAGUUGUAAGAGCUGCUAAUGCAGGUCUGGCUACCAUAUAUUUGUGAAUCUUACAAGUCUGGGAAAUCAACUAAGCUGUGAAUACCAGAGUUACCGACUUUGGCCCACUA